AUGGAGUACGCCACGAGCCCACAACGUAUUUAUCGGAAAAUUUCAUCUCGUGAAAAGAAUUCAUCAGUACCUUCCCUUGUUCUUCAUAUUAACAAUUCCGAUAUUGUUAGUACAUUAGCUAAUGAUUGUACUUACCGUACAGAAGCUUAUUUACAAGAACGAGAAAAGCAAAACGUCGUUAAACCAUCAACCUCAUCGUCAACAACAACAACAACAACAACAUGGAAAAAAUUAAAAUAUCAAAAAGAAAUACUAGACAAUGAGCAAGCGGAAAUUGAUCGAGUUCUUUCAGCGUUUGAUUCUAUUCAUAGAACAUUCAAUCGUUCAUUAAGUAAACCUUAUAAUCAAGUUUAUUCGUCACUCUAUGGUGAUGACAAUCAAUCAGACCGGCUAAUGAAAACAUUUUUUCAAUGUCAAAACCACUGUACGAACGUACAAGAUGCGGCUGCUGCUGCUGAUACUUCUACGCAAGAAACAUUAAGCAGCACAUCGAUUCUAAAUUUUAAUGAUACCGACUCAGAUUUAGACGAUAUCGAAGAUAAGAAGAAAAAUUCUUAUGACAGCGGCUAUGGAAGUGUCAUGCCAAGACGACGUAUUUCCCGAGAAUCGUUUGCCCAAAUUUCAAAUCAUUUAAAUAGUACAAUGAAUUCCAUUACAUAA